GAAUUGAAGUUAUCUAACAUCUGUGGUAUCUGUCAAGAAAUAUCUUAUAGGUUAUCUUAUUAUUUUUAAAAGUUUCUUUCUGAAUUUGUGAAAAUGCGACUUUCCCAAGUAUUAAAUCGACAACACAUUGGUUUUAUGUUCAAGAAGCAUUGGGUCGUUCAAGGGAAACGAGUACCUAUCGACACAGGAGUUGAAGACGUUUUAAAGGCUAAAGGCAUUCCAGUUGAAGAUGCUUUGGAAUUUAUUAAAGACGAGCCUAAAGAACGGGAAAGAAUUAAUAUAGUAGGACCUUUUGAGCCGCCACUUCCUUUAGACGAAAAUCAUCCAGAGUACAAGGCAAGGCCAUGCUUUACUUUGAAAAGCACAAAUGUUCUACUAGAGGGCAUAUCACAAGCUCAAGUCCUAACAAAAACUAUAAUAGCAGAAAACAGACUGCCACCGAAGAUCGAGGAAUUAGCAGAGAUGCCAGCACCUACAGCAAUUCAUGAAAAUAUUAAAAAAGCUAUUUUGUCUGCUAAUGUUUUUGAUUGUGAACAGAAAAAGUUGCCCAAAAUCAAGGAUAAAGAUCGUCCAGCUUAUAACUUCCCAAGAAUUCUUGGCAUUACAGACAAGAGACGAAACCAAAUUCUAACUAAUAGAUUACUACAACUGGUUGAAAAGACUAGUGACAGUGAAGUCACUCAGUCCAAAUAUGUUGUGAAUGAUGUUGAAAGUCAAACUGUAUUUGACAAGGAGGAUGAGCUGAUACAGUUUCAGGAUGUGUCACAUAUCUUGGUGACCAGUCACAAACCAGUUACACAUGACCUGGAUAAAGAUGUUGCUUUUAAAGAGAUCCCCGAUUUGUACCCUGUGAAGCACACUGUCACAUUACCUCCAGAACAUUUUUAUAGUGAAACUAGCAAAUACCCUUUCCGCCCUAGUGUAAGUGUGAGGCAUCCGCACACAACAUGGCUGCAUUUCAACAGCACGGAAGUCAAAAAUGUCUAUGAGACACCGGUGACAGAGGACCAGAUCCUUGGGAGGUCUCUGACUCAUGCAUUUACUGUUGCCAGUGCUUAUGCUAAGCAAAUACAUGGAGAAGAUGUAAAGGACCUACCUGAGCCAAUAUACAUAAAUUGUAUACAAACAGAUGGACAGAAGUAUCAUUUUGGUGUACUGGAGCUAAACACAUUGAACGUGGAUGGGAGCGAGGGCACUAAGAACAUCUGGUACAGCAAGAACAACCUAAAGCUUUACGACUCCAGCCGCUACUUCGGCGGCAUGCCAGUCUUGGAGAACUACAAUAACAAAGUUUAUGGAUACAUAAAUGCUUUAUACAACUGCUAAACCAGCUUUACCUAUUACUGUAGUCUAAUUAUAUGUAUUAUAGAAUAAAAAGAAAAAA